GUUCCCGCUCAGUUCAAAGCAGCAGCGCCUCGCCAUCAUCAGAGACAAACACACGAGCUCAGAGAAGGAAACACCACACGCAUGACCAACGGCAUCUUCUCCGCCAUGGCAGGGGACCAAGCGUACAUGAUCCGAUUCGACGGCCACUUCGACGACACCUCGCCGAGCUCCGCCGGCGCCGAGCCGCCGGAGGUGCAGGUGCAGGUGCAGCAGCCGCCGCCGUUCGCGGGGCGGGUGAUCUCCCCCGAGCAGGAGCACCAGGUCAUUGUCGCCGCCCUGCUGCACGUCGUCUCCGGGUACACAACCGCGCCGCCGGAGAUCUUCCCGCCCGCCGCCGCGGCGUGCCGGGUGUGCGGGAUGGAGCGGUGCCUCGGCUGCGAGGGCGCCGCGGCGAUCGCAUUGGACGGCGCGGAGAGCAAUGCGGCCGCGGCGCCGGGCGCGGCAGGGCAGAGGAGGCGGAGGAAGAAGAAGAACAAGUACCGCGGCGUGCGCCAGCGGCCGUGGGGGAAGUGGGCGGCGGAGAUCCGCGACCCGCGCCGCGCGGUGCGCAAGUGGCUCGGGACGUUCGACACCGCCGAGGAGGCCGCCAAGGCGUACGACCGCGCCGCCGUCGAGUUCCGCGGCCCGCGCGCCAAGCUCAACUUCCCGUUCCCCGAGCAGGCCGCGGGGCGCGACGAGGCCACCAGCAACGGCGACGCGAGCGCGGCCGCCAGGUCCUCGGACAACACGCUGUCGCCGUCGCUCUGCAGCGGGGACGCCGAGGAGCGGGGGCAGCCGGCGGAGUGGCCGCGGGGCGGGGGGCAGGAAACAGGGGAGCAGCUCUGGGAAGGCCUCCAGGACCUGAUGAGGCUGGACGAAGCCGAGCUCUGGUUCCCGCCAACUUCCAACGCUUGGAAUUGAAACGUACGCGCGAUUAGAUCCUAGCCGUUCAAGCGGUUCCAAAAUGAACAUCCUAGCCUUUCGAUGUGACUUUUUUUUUUCCAGCUCUGUUGUGCUUAUUUGAUCAUAGCAGAGUUUUGUAAAUUACCUGUAGAGUCCAACCAACUGUAUUAAUCAGGCAAUUUUGGGAGUGUGCCUUUCUACUGCAAAGCAUGGAACACGAGCUGGCUACUGACUUGUCAACUAAUUUGUAGUAAUUUGUAUACACGGGGAUUUGGAUGCAACA